AAUCAAUGUAAUCGACGAUCAACCUCCCGUCAACCCACCGUUCCCAUUCCCACGUUGCCUGAGAUGCUGCGACCGCAGGUCUUGAGGUCGCUGAAGCGAUCUCAAGGGCUUCUAAAUGCCAAUGCAGCCAGGACCUUCUCCGGGACCUCGUCCCGUCCGGCCGAGGUGGAGCUCACAAUUGAUGGGAAGAAAGUGUCAAUAGAGGCCGGAUCGGCCCUCAUCCAAGCCUGCGAGAAAGCCGGCGCCACAAUCCCGCGAUACUGCUACCACGAGAAGCUGAUGAUUGCCGGGAACUGUCGAAUGUGCCUGGUCGAAGUUGAGCGAUCCCCAAAACCGGUGGCCUCGUGCGCGUGGCCCGUCCAGCCGGGGAUGGUGGUCAAGACCUCUUCGCCGCUGGUCCACAAAGCCCGCGAGGGGAUCAUGGAAUUUCUACUAGCAAACCAUCCGCUCGAUUGCCCGAUUUGUGAUCAGGGUGGUGAAUGCGAUCUUCAGGAUCAGAGCAUGAGAUAUGGUGCGGAUCGUGGACGAUUCCAUGAGCUGGAGGGGAAGCGAGCUGUGGAGGACAAGAAUAUCGGACCGUUGGUCAAGACAUCGAUGAACAGGUGUAUCCAUUGUACAAGAUGCAUCCGAUUUGCCAACGACGUCGCCGGUGCUCCUGAACUGGGCAGCACGGGACGUGGCAAUGAUCUGCAGAUUGGUACCUAUCUCGAAACGGCCCUCGAUACCGAAAUGUCCGGAAACGUCAUCGAUCUCUGCCCCGUCGGCGCCCUCACCUCGAAACCAUAUGCCUUCAAGGCCCGGUCUUGGGAGCUCGCCCAUACCGAAUCGAUUGACGUUCUGGACGGCCUGGGAUCGAACAUCCGAAUCGACACGCGAGGCAUGCUCGUGAUGCGGAUCCUUCCUCGACUGAACGACGAUAUCAACGAGGAGUGGAUCAACGACAAGACUCGGUUCGCGUGUGAUGGGCUCAACACACAACGUCUCACGGUUCCGUUGGUCCGGCAAAAUAACCAAUUCCAGCCUGCGAGCUGGGAGCAGGCGCUGGUGGAGAUCGGAAACGCGUACCAAAAACUUCAACCGAAGGGCGAUGAAUUCAAGGUCAUUGCAGGCCAGCUGACGGAUACUGAGACGCUGGUUGCGAUGAAGGACUUGGCCAACAAGCUCGGAUCCGAGAACCUCGCGUUGGAUCAGCCCCAAGGCGAUCAGCCCAUUGCUCAUGGCGUCGAUGUCCGACAGAACUUCAGCUUCAAUUCGAAGCUCACCGGCGUCGAGGAGGCCGAUGUGAUCCUCCUCGUCGGCACCAACCCUCGCCACGAAGCGGCGGGCCUGAACGCGCGGAUUCGCAAGCAAUGGCUGCGCUCGGACCUCGAGGUCGGCGUGGUUGGCGAAGACUUCGCCAGCACCUUCGACUACGAGAAGUUGGGAGCUGACGCCAAUGGCCUUAAGCAGGCGUUGGCUGGACCGUUUGGCAAGAAGCUCGCUGCCGCGCAGAACCCAAUGAUCAUCGUUGGGAGCGGUGCUGCCGAGCAUACCGACGCCAAGGCGAUUUUCGAGACCGUGGGAUCCUUCGUCGAGAAGAACAAGAGCAACUUCGUUACGCCAGAGUGGAACGGUUACAGCGUCCUCCAGCGCGCGGCUUCUCGCACAGGAUCUUACGAGGUUGGCUUCACGGUUCCAUCUCCACAAACGGCCAACACCACGCCCAAGAUCGUCUGGCUUCUUGGCGCCGACGAGAUCUCCGACGCGGACAUUCCCAAGGACGCCUUCGUCAUCUACCAAGGUCACCAUGGCGACCGAGGCGCCCAGCUCGCGGACGUUGUCCUCCCCGGCGCAUCGUACGUCGAGAAGUCCGGCACCUACGUGAACACGGAAGGCCGUACCCAGAUGGGCCGCAACGCCGUCGCCCUCCCCGGCGCCAGCCGCGAGGAUUGGAAAAUCGUCCGCGCCGCGAGCGAGUACCUCGGCGCGCCGUUGCCGUACGACGAUGUCGAGCAGCUGCGCGACCGCAUGGAGGAGAUCUCCCCCGCGCUGCGGCGGUACGACGUGGUGGAGCCGGUCUCGCAGGAGGUGGCGGCGCUCGCGAAAGUGCAGCUGGUCGAUCAGAACAAGGGAGCCAAGGCGACCGGGGAGAUCAUGAAGAAGGUGGUCGAGAACUUCUACUUCACCGAUGCGAUUUCGCGAAGCUCGCCGACCAUGGCGCGCUGCUCGGCGGCGAAAGCGACGAAGAACCCCGAAACGAACUUCAUGGCGCCUGGCGAGACCCACCCUCAAGUCGAAUACGGACCUCCAUCAGCUGAACGUGGCCAAGCCGCCGCGUAAACGAGGCACUGUUCCCAUCCUCCCGCCCUGUACAGCAUCCUUUUCAAAACAUCUGGUCGGUCUAUGGAAAACCCGUGGGGUAGAAUCCGGCGUUGGGUGGUCGUCCACGUGUCAGCUACAUAUGCACCAUACGUAGUGGAAUCAUAGCAUGCGGUUUUGAUUGUUCGUUG